GGGGCGCCGGUCCCGCCGGAUGCCGGGGCGGAGCCGCCCGCCAGGCCCGCCCCGCGGGUCUACACCCGCACCGGGGACAAAGGAUUUUCCAGCACAUUCACAGGUGAGAGGAGGUCAAAAGACGAUCAAGUAUUUGAAGCUUUGGGAACAACAGAUGAAUUGAGUUCAGCUAUUGGACUUGCUAGUGAAUUAAGCAGUGAAAGUGGCCAUAUAUUUGCCGAACAACUGCACAAAGUCCAGUGCAUGCUGCAGGAUGUCGGGGCCAACAUUGCCACCCCCAUCUCUUCAGCCAGGGAGGCUCACUUAAAACGGACCUCAUUUACUGAAAAACCAGUGCUGGAGCUGGAGCAGUGGAUUGAUAAAUACACAGAACAACUUCCACCUCUCACUGCUUUCAUUUUGCCUUCAGGAGGUAAGAGUAGCGCUGCCCUUCACUUCUCCAGAGCUGUCUGCCGCAGAGCAGAGAGAUGUGUGGUUCCCAUAGUGCAAGCAGGAGAAGCGGAUCCAAACGUGGCCAAAUAUUUGAACAGACUCAGUGAUUAUCUCUUCGUUUUGGCACGUUACGCUGCAAUGAAGGAAGGGAAGGAAGAAAAAAUAUACACCAGGAGUGAGCCGUAAGUUGCAGGUGACACUUCUUCCUAUACCAGGAGAAGCUAAAUCUGGUAGAGAUUCUCUGUGCAGGGAAGAGAGAAUGCACCUGGAUCCAGGGUACCCAUUGCCCACCCAUCCUGUGACUGAAGUAGCUUAGGGUCUUUGUUUUAUAAACCUGUAAGGAGUGCUCAGCUGGUCUGCAGAACUCACCUGCUUCCAUUAGCUAGUUUCCAGAUCCGAGCAUCCAGUUCUAAUAACUGCCUUGGAAAUGGCUUCAGAAUGACUCUCUCUGACAGCUGACUGAAAGUUAAAUCCCAUUUCACUUCUCAGAGCAGUGGCAGGUGUUGCUGAAGGAAUCUGACAGCGCUCCGAUGAAAGGAACAGAAAAAUGUGCGUGACAUCUCUUAAAAGCUGAAAGUAUCAAUAGUAAAGAGAACUGGGGCAUGGAUUCGGGGACCCAGUCCAUAAGCUCUAAAAUACAGCGUGAGUAACUUGCAUCAGAAGGCCCUUUGCUACCAAAUCCAGCCUGCUUUUUCCCUUUUAAGCUGGCUGCACUCCAUCAAUUCUGGCUGGAGCUGAAGGAAGGGUUCAUAGGUUUAAGGAAAGCGCUAAGUGCCUGUCUGCACAUGCGGAGAAUCACUUGGUAUCGCAGCACAUCCGCUGCUAGCUAUGGGCUAGUGCAAGGACAAGAGUUUAAAGAACCAAUGGGCCAAAUCUCACAGUCCUUCUGCAGACAAGCCCAGCCUUGUGGCUAAUAGGAGUCUUGCCUGCACCAGGAGGGCUCUGACCUCAUGAAUAUUUGCCCAGCUCUUAGGCAGAGGCCUGCAUGAGGUCUCAUGCUAGGAGGGACUAUUCCCAGCUAAGAAAAUAGUAUUGCAAGGAGUCGGGUGCAACUGCUUUGUCACCAAAUGCUGAAGAGCACCUUUAAAACACAGCAGGACAUAUUGAAUCUGCUGCCUCUAACUCCUUAUUUCUUUAUUUGAAGUAUUUGGGGUGGGGGUCAAGGAUAGAGAGAUUGCAGCAGAUUGCCUCCCUUCUAGCUGAGCACAGGGAUGCUUAACAAACGAGGGGGGAAAUGGAAUCUAAACUGCUGAUAAAAAAAGAAGGCUAAAGCAUCUUCAGGUGAAUUAAAGGAGCAGGCCCACUCUAUGUUGAGAUUUUCACGGCAACUCUUUCACAGCUUCUCUAGCUGGUCUGCUGCUUUGAAGGCUGUAGGAAAACCGUUCACAUCCAUCAGCACAACACAUCUAAAUUAGCCAGUUAACAGUGCGAUGGGCCUUUCCCUCAAACCGGGCAGCCGUCAGUAAAGGUUCAUACAUCCAAUUCCAGCCCUCAAAGCAUGGCAGUGUAGUUUGGAAGAACAUGCCAAAGUGUCUGGACCACAGGAUCUUGUACAAUUUAAAAGCAAGCAUUAAAGAACCUCAGAAUGCGACCAGUGUCAAGUGCCUGGGCUUUUUCACCCUUUUAAAUUCUUUGAGUAUAAAUUGCUGCAAGCCUGUGUUCAGGAGCAUUUAAAUCCUGCCACCUUUACAGUACAGUAUUUAAGUGGGAACCACCUUAAGCAAAACACACACAAGAAACCCACCCCCACCCCCUUUCGCUUUUGUGUUAACUUUUUAAUCAGAGCUGGGGCUGAGUGAAGAAUGCCUAUCACUAAUAGAUAGUGCUGUCUCAUUAUUCACCUUUUUCUUCUUUAACAGAUAUUUCAUGGCUAUUGUUAACGCACAUUUUUCACAGAGUAAUUUUCAAAGCCUUAGCCUGUAACACAUCCCAAUGACAAAUGUUCUUGAUUUGGACUCUACCUUCAGCAGCAAUGUCACAUCAGGCAUUUUCUCAAUACUUACUGCCGACAGGCCAUCCAGUUUUAUGAUCGCUGCGUCUCAGUUAUCGCUAGUGAACCUUAAGAAUCCAGAGGCUUUUCCAAGUUUAAUUGAAUAAAAUUCUUUGUAUAAUAAAUUCUUCACGAAUGCUGCAUAAAUCAGCUCUGGGAUGGA